AAUUGUGUCGUAUAUGUAAUUGAAAGCAUUUCACCGCACCCAUCAGCCAUUUUAUAUGAGAAGGGCUUUGAAAGAAAACAUUAAUCUAGAGAGUUUACAUUUUAUUAUCCUCUGUCUGAGUGACUCUGAAAUUGGAAGAUAGGAGAGACAGUGAGCCGUCUAACAUAUCGAGGAGGAGAAUACAAGACCUCAGGCAUGAGAUGGAUGGACACUGGGUUCACACCUAUGCGAAUUGGAUGAGAUUAUUAGAAGAGUGAUGAUUAUGUGAAGUGUCUCGGUGUACCCAACAAACUGAUUUCUGCUCUAACUGAACCAAUCACAAUUCAGAAAUGAAAAGGUCCUACCCGUCGGAAUCGCCUGAGAACAUCAGGACCUUUUCCCAGCAGUUGUCUGGGUAUGAUGACCCAUCACUGAGGAGGAUAUACGAGUAUUACAGAGAUGAUCUGAUCCACAUCCUGGAGAACAUGGACACCGGGGCCCUUCUGAAGGAACUAAAAUCUCGGAAUGUUUUAAGCACAGAUACCCUUCUGACAAAGGAAAAACAUAUGAAGAGGGAUGCCUUCUCUCGAGCCUUGUUACAAGAUAUUCAGGAUCGGGGAAGAGAAGCUGUGAUUGGACUUUGGGAAUGUCUCUAUGCGCUACAGAAAGAUCAUCCUCAUCCUAAUUUAUUGGCGGUCCUAGAGGAAAUCGGGCAAACAGGUGAGGGUCUGGUGAAUCAGAUUCUGCAGGAAGAACUUGGACCUUCACUGACUCCAGAGCUGAAAGAUAUUCAGAAAAAGCACAAACAACAUCUGAUGGAGAAGACUGAGACUCUAGUGGAGCAUAGACCCCCAGGAACUACCCUAGAACCACAAAGAUUCCUCAUCAAUGAGCGUUAUGUGAACAUGGUUGUAGUCUCCAUCGAUCAGUUCAGGGAACGUCCCCAGAAUGAGCUAAUACAGACUGGGGUAAAACAUGAGGAAUGCUUGAAGGAAACACAAACUAAACUGGAACACAUUUCCCCCAACAAGCUGUUCCGAUGGAACCACCAGUCACAUUGUGCACCACAUGCAGUAAUGGUGAGCGGAGUGCCAGGAAUAGGGAAGACCACAAUGAUGCAGAAGUUUGUCUAUGACUGGGUGACCGGAAAACACUACCAGAGAUUUGCCUUUCUCUUCUUCUUCAGAUUCCGGGACCUUAAUAGACUGGGAGAGGUCAGCUUGGAGGAGAUGAUUCUUCAUCAAUAUCCGUAUCUGGAGAGUCAGAUUGGAAAUAUUUUACAAGAUCCAGAGAGACUUCUGUUUAUAUUUGAUGGAUUAGAUGAAAGUAUUCACCAAAUGGAUUUCAGAUCAAGUAGACUCUUUGCUUACAGGACAAAAUGUGGUGAGAUUGUGGUCAGUUUGGUGAGGCAAAAACUUCUUGAGGGUUGCUCUGUACUGAUGACCAGCCGCCCAACCAGACUGGCAUCAGUGGAUACCGGUGUUUUCCAGAGAAUAGCUGAGAUCAUGGGAUUUCUCCAUGAAGACAGACUGACCUUCUUUAAUAAUUUCUUUGGAAAUGAGGAAUUGUCAGGAAAGGCUUUUCAUCAUGUGCAGGAGAAUGACACGCUGUACACUUUCUGUUAUAUCCCAUCAUACUGCUGGAUCAUCUGUACAGUGUUAUCAAUGUGCUUCAGAGCCCAACCAAUCACUGAUCAGCUGAUGACAUCAUUACCCAAAACAGUGACACAACUCUUUGUGACUUUUGUCUCCAACAUUCUGGCCAAUCACAGCCAGAAUAGAGAUCGUGGUCACACUGACCGGGAUCUGCUGACCUCUAUUGGGUGGAUGGCAGAACAUGGAGUCAUGAAUCACAUGAUUGUAUUUGAUGAGCGUCAUCUGGAGUCAUUCAGUGUGAGAAAUGAUAAUCAUCUCUUCUCAUCUUUCAUGAUGGAAUCUGGUCAGCCUCCUGAUGUGGAUUUCACCUUCUUACAUCUCACUCUUCAGGAGUUUUUUGCUGCUUUAUUCCAUUUUAUUAAUUAUAAUCCUUACAGAUUACAGGAAACACUUGAUAAAACUAAAACAUACAAAGACGGCCGGGCUGAAAUAUUCCUCCGUUUCCUCUGCGGUCUCUCAGACUCUUCUACUAGAUCCAUGUUAAAGUCUCAUGUGGGAGAAUUGUCUACUCAGGCUGCCAGACAUGUCAUCUCAUGGAUCCAGAAGAAAACCCCAGAACAAAGAUCUGAGAUAUAUUCAAAUAAAAGGAAAGAUCUUCUAAAAGUUUUCUACUAUCUCUAUGAGAGCAGGAAUACGACUCUGGUGUCACAAUGUUUUCGAUCAAACACAGUUCACUUUUCUGAAGUCCCCCUCAGUCCCCUGGACUGCUCUGUGCUGUCUUUUAUCCUUCAAUCCUGUGGAGAGACAGAAGAAGUAAAUAUACAGUCAUGUAAUAUUCAGAGUGAAGGAUUGAGGAAACUUAUACCGGCUCUACACAACAUCAAGAGUUUGAGCUUGUCCUAUAAUCACCUGACAGACAGUUCCUGCCCCUACCUGGCAUCUGUAAUAAGAAAUAACCAGACACUGAGGACACUGGACCUGUCUAUAAACAAUCUGGAGGGUCCUCAUUUGAGGGAUCUGAUGGAAGCUCUGACAACAAGCCGGAUAGAAGAAUUACAAUUGUAUUAUAAUGACCUGACAGACAGUUCCUGCCCCCACCUGGCAUCUGGAAUAAGAAAUAACCAGACACUGAGGAUACUGAGCCUUUAUGGGAACAAUCUGGAUGGUCCUCAUUUCAGGGAUCUGAUGGAAGCUCUGACAACAAGCCGGAUAGAGGAAUUACGAUUUUCUUUUAAUACCCUGACAGACAGUUCCUGCCUCCACCUGGCAUCUGUAGUAAGAAAUAACCAGACACUGAGGAUACUGAACCUGUGUGGGACCAAUCUGAAGGGUCCUCAUUUCAGGAAACUGAUGAAAGCUCUUACAACAAGCCGGAUAGAGGAAUUACAAUUGCCCUCUAAUAAUCUGACAGACAGUUCCUGCCCCCACCUGGCAUCUGGAAUAAGAAAUAACCAGACACUGAGGACACUGAACCUGUCACAUAACCAUCUGGAGGGUCCUCAUUUCAGGGAUCUGAUGGAAGCUCUGACAACAAGCCGGAUAGAGGAAUUACAAUUGUAUGAUAAUGACCUGACAGACAGUUCCUGCCCCCACCUGGCAUCUGGAAUAAGAAAUAACCAGACACUGAGGACACUGAACCUAUCUAAGAACAAUCUGGAGGGUCCUCAUUUCAGGGAUCUGAUAGAAGCUCUGACAACAAGCCGGAUAGAAAAAAUAGAUUUGACCUCUAAUCACCUGACAGACAGUGCCUGCCCCCACCUGGCAUCUGGAAUAAGAAAUAACCAGACACUGAGGAAACUGGACCUGUCUACUAACAAUCUGGAGGGUCCUCAUUUCAGGGAUCUGAUGGAAGCUCUGACAACAAGCCGGAUAGAGGAAUUACAUUUAGAUAGUAAUCACCUGGAAGACAGUUCCUGCCCCCACCUGGCAUCUGGAAUAAGAAAUAACCAAACAUUGAGGACACUGAGCCUGUCCUGGAACUAUUUGAAGGGUCAUUGCAGGGAUCUGAUGGAAGCUCUGACAACAAGCCGGAUAGAGGAAUUACAAUUGGAUAGAAAUCACCUGACAGAUAGUUCCUGCCCACACCUGGCAUCUGUAAUAAGAAAUAACCAGACACUGAGGAGACUGGACCUGUCUGUGAACAAUCUGGAGGGUCCUCAUUUCAGGGAUCUGAUGGAAGCUCUGCCAACAAGCCGGAUAGAGGAAUUACAAUUAUCUUAUAAUCAGCUGACAGACAGUUCCUGCCCCCACCUGGCAUCUGGAAUAAGAAAUACCCAGAUACUGAGGAGACUAAACCUGUCUGAUAACAAUCUGGAGGGUCCUCAUUUCAGGGAACUGAUGGAAGCUCUGACAACAAGCCGGAUAGAGGAAUUACUUUUGCGUUAUAAUCACUUGACAAACAGUUCCUGCCCCCACCUGGCAUCUGGAAUAAGAAAUAACCAGACAUUGAGGACACUGGACCUGUCAUAUAACACCCUAGAGGGUCCUCAUUUCAGGGAUCUGAUGGAAGCUCUGACAACAAGUCAGAUAGAGAAAUUACAGAAUCUGAUGGAAGCUCUGACAACAAGCCGGAUAGAGAAAUUACAAUUGGAAAAUAAUGACCUAACAGAUAAUUCCUGCCCCCACCUGGCAUCUGGAAUAAGAAAUAACCAGACACUGAGGACACUGAGCCUGUCAUAUAACAAUCUGGAGGGUCCUCAUUUCAGGGAUCUGAUGGAAGCUCUGACAACAAGCCUGAUAGAGGAAUUACUAUUGGAUAGAAAUCAGCUGACAGACAGUUCCUGCCCCUACCUGGCAUCUGGUAUAAGAAAUAACCAGACACUGAGGAGACUGAACCUGGCUGCGAACAAUCUGGAGGGUCCUCAUUUCAGGGAUCUGUUAGUAGCUCUGACAACAAGCCGGAUAGAGAAAUGGCAUUUGGAUGGUAAUCACCUGCAAGACAGUUCCUUUCCCCCACCUGGCAUCUGGAAUAAGAAAUAACCAGACUCUGAUGAGAUCAAACGGGGAGCAAUCUGAAGGGUCCUCAUUUCAGGGAUCUGAUAGAAGCUCUGCCAAGCCGGAUAGAGGAAUUACAGUGAAUAUAACAGAACUGACUGAGACAGUAAUAUUCUGGGACAGUUUACAUCUACUUGUAAAUAUUCUGACUCAAAUUGCAGCCCAUGACUGCAGACAAUCUUCAUCAGAUUAAUUGAAUCCACCAAACACUGAACCCGGGUCAUUCACAUUGCUGGACUCACCAAACUAUAGCAGCAAUUUGCAGACUUUUGCCUGCCUGAACUCACAGGGCUGUUUCAAUGUACACAUGUCAAUAGCUAUUACUGGGGAUGUCAUUCACCAAAUACAUUUGCUUCCAUUUUUAGUCAUUGACAUCAUUGGGAAUGCCUGCUGCUGUGUUUAGGUAGUCCUAAGGAUUUGUAUUUUCAUCAACAUGUAAUUAUAAUUGGGUCAUCAUGACUAAAUGACUGAUUGGGAUUUACAUCACUGGAUGAUGUGACUGAGAAUGGAUUUACAUCGGGAGACACUAUUCAACUUUCUUUUCUCUAUUAACCACUUUCCGCCCGCCCUAUUGCAAAAAGACGUCGGCAAAGUGGUUUCAAUAUCCUGACUGGACGUCAUAU